UCCGGCUCGGCUGAGGCCCGGGGUGGUGAACAAGUCUCCGGCACCAUGUCUGGUUGGUCUGGCCUACUUUCUCGGCGUGGCCCUUGCCCGUUGGCGUUGUUGCUUUUGCUCCUAUUCGGCCCCAGCUCGGUCCUCGCCAUCUCCUUCCAUCUGCCCCUUAAUUCCCAUAAGUGCCUCCGCGAGGAGAUCCACAAGGACUUGCUGGUGACGGGCGCGUACGAGAUCACCGAUCAGUCUGGGGGCGCUGGCGGCCUGCGCACCCACCUCAAGAUCACAGAUUCUGCUGGCCAUAUUCUUUACUCCAAGGAGGAUGCUUCCAAGGGGAAAUUUGCCUUUACCACUGAAGAUUAUGACAUGUUUGAAGUGUGUUUUGAGAGCAAGGGAACAGGGCGGAUACCUGACCAGCUCGUGAUCCUAGACAUGAAGCAUGGAGUGGAGGCAAAGAACUACGAGGAGAUUGCAAAGGUUGAGAAGCUCAAACCUUUAGAGGUGGAGCUGCGACGCCUAGAGGACCUGUCAGAGUCCAUCGUGAAUGAUUUUGCCUACAUGAAGAGACGGGAGGAGGAGAUGCGUGAUACCAAUGAGUCCACGAACACUCGAGUCCUGUAUUUCAGCAUCUUUUCAAUGUUCUGUCUCAUUGGACUAGCCACCUGGCAGGUGUUCUACCUGCGUCGCUUCUUCAAAGCCAAGAAGUUGAUUGAGUAAUGAGGCACAGUCCCCUCCCACCUUGGAUCUCACUCAGCAGAACAUCGCUGGAAUGUGCCUGACUCGAGGCACCCUCCCAAAAGCACCAUCAAGGCACGUUGGAGCUUUUCUUGCCAGAACUGAUCUCGGGUGGGGAGACAUGGGGUACCACCUAGACCCAACAAGCCAAUGAGGGACUUCUUUUUCUCUUGGUAGGAUUUGGACUGGUUUUGUAACAAUAGGUCUAUUAUUAGGGUCACCUAUGAAAAAAACUAGGGGUUACCUAGAUAAUGCCAAAGCCAGCAUUUGUACUGGGUUUCCUCAUGUGAUCUGUUUGAACCAUGUUUUCCUUCCUUCUCCCCCUUGUCUACGAGCUUGGGCUUCCACUCUUAAUUCCUUUACCCAGAUCUGUGUGACCAUGUUGAACUUGUUUCAUGCUGAUUGUCCCUUUUGGGUUUCCCCUUGAAAACACUCUUAACUUUCUCUGCCCUUUAGUGGAAACGUCUAGGUAGCUCCUGGUGAUAUCCUUUUCAUAACUCUUUACGUCUCUCAAAAAGGUGAAGGAUGUAACUAACACCUCAUACAAGUGAGCUUGGAACUGUAGAUAACUCUUAAAGAAAAUUUCAAUUUGUUAAGAGAAUUAAAAUAUUUGUGCUCAACUGUUUGAA